AUGAACUUGAGUCAUUUCAAUUUAUCAUUUAUAUUUGUGAUAUUGUGCCAUAAAAAUCAAUACCUUAACUUUGAGUGAAUUUGAUUUCUAAUUGAAAUUAUUUGAAGAUUGAUCCUUACAAUGAUCAAACUACAGAAAACGUAUCUCUACAUAGCCGUUUUCACUGUAAUCUUACAAAUUGCUCAAUCUGCAGAAGCAAAAUGUAAUUUAAGUGGCACAAAACUUUUAUGCACCGACGUCAAUAAUGAUGAAUUAAUUGAAAAUAUAAAGAAAUAUCAACCAACAUACUUAGUAUGCGACGAAUGUACAAUUUCCAAGCUGAAUUUACAAAAAUUGGAUGUUGGAAUCAGAAAGAAAUUAGAAAUAAUUGAAAUAAUUGAAUUGUUAAACAUAUUAGAUUUCGAUUUGGACACCUUUUCAGGCGUUGAAAAUUUAAAAUCUUUAAGAUUUAAGAACGCAACAUUACAGGCAAUACCACCAGAAUUAUUUAAGCCUUUAUCAAAAUUGGAUGAAGUUAUCUUCUCCAAUUGUGAUGUACGUACAAGGGUUACACAUUGCUUUCAACAUACACCACAGUUGCGGAAAUUUACAUUAAAAAAUGCAUUAAUUUAUUCCAUACAAGCUCAGUGGUUUGAAGAUAUUCCAAAUCUUGUCGAACUAGAUUUUAGUGGAAAUCGUUUAAAAAAUAUUGACAAGGAUUCGUUUAAAAAAUUACUAAAAUUAGAAAAAAUUAUUUUAAAUAAAAAUGACUUAAAAGUUUUACCAACUGAAUUAUUUGAUAAUCAAUCGGAAUUAAAAUAUCUUGAUGUAUCACAUAAUCCUAUCAAUCAAAUCGAUUUGAAACACAUUAUUGACACUAAUAAGAAGUUGGAUGUUUUGUUAAUACACGAUCUUCCAUGUCAAACAUUUGAAUCAAAAGCGGAAGCAUUGCAAAACGAUUUACAGUUUGUAACUGAGUGUGCUCAAGAAGGUAAAGAUGGCCCAUAUAAAUAUAAAACAUCAUGUGUUGAUUUACGUUCAUAUGAUAAACGUACACCUAAUGAAAAAUUAACCAUUUUUCAAACAAGCGAGCAUGUUUGUAGUGAUGAAAACUUUAAUGGAUUACCUUGUGUAUCGAACGACCGAGCUAAAGACCUUUUUAAACCACGUCCAAAAGAGACAUAAGUGAUAUUUUUUUUUGUAUUUUGUAUUUGAAAUAAAAUUUUUUAGAUAAA